AUGAAGUUCCUUACCUUUGGUUUCCUCCUGGCCUCAACGAUCGUGAGCGUCAGCAGUCUUCCCGCCGAUGUUGACAGCAGGGCUGUCAGCUUCCAAACCAACUAUGACCAGCACUUGGAAGAUCGCGAAGAGCGCAAGGAGGCUCGCGAUAUCGCUGUCCCUUCGUUCGCUGGAGUCGAGACUACCAGCGGCGUAAUCGACAUUGAGGACGAGGAGGAUGGAGUGCCCCUCCGCGCCCGCCAGCUCCUGAAGAAGAAGAAGGGCAAGAAGGGCAAGAAGGCCAAGGGCAAGGGCAAGGCUGCCAAGGGCAAGGGCAAGGCCGCCAAGGGCAAGGCCGCCAAAGGCAAGGCAGCCGCUCCCGCAAAGGCCAAGGGCAAGGCCGCCGCUCCAGCUGGAGAGGAUGGAUAG